GGUCAUGGUAUUUUUCAUUUUCCAACGUCCUAUGGGGACGGAUCAGGAUUUUAAAAGACAAACUCUCCUUGAAAGAUGAAACAAAACUUCACAAAUCCUUUAAAAUCAUUAAUUCUCUUGAACAUGAAGUUGAAUUAAUUAACAAGUAAAAACUUCUUAGUUUUCCAAAACAAACUAAUGAAUUUUCCCUGCUAUAAAUAGACAUACGAUCCGUGUAACAAAAUUCCAUCAAUUGAUAAAACAUGUACUCAUCCUAUGGUAGCUCUAGUUCUGGUACCACUUCAAAGUACAACGUUAAAUUUGGUGGACAAACAAUUGAAACCACUGUGACUAACAAAGCUGCUGUUGCCAAUGAAUGGGCCAAUGCAAUGCUGUCCAAGUAUUCUGGAAGGCAAAAAGUUGUGGGCUUAGACAGUGAAUGGAAGCCCACAUUUAGCAACAAAUCAGCCACACUUCAACUCUGCAUUGCGAACACGUGCCUCAUAGUCCAAUUGUUUUAUUUGGACGAAAUCCCACAAUCUCUCAAGAAAUUUUUGGCUAAUCCUAAUUUCGUAUUUGUUGGUGUUGAGGUUGCUGAGGACAUCCUUAAACUGAAAAACGAGUAUGGUUUGGUUUGUAAUAGUCAUGAAGAUAUUCGUGAUGUUGCUAUGAAUAAGUGGCCUGGUCGAUUUUCACGUCCAGGAUUGAAGGAUCUUGCUAGUGCAAUUUCUGGUCUUUAUAUGACUAAGCCAGAUCAUGUUUGUCAAAGCAAUUGGGAGGCAAGUGUUCUUAGUGAGGCACAAGUUGAAUAUGCUUGUAUUGAUGCUUAUGCUUCUUACAAGAUUGGCCACAAGCUACUUAUGGAAUAUUGAACUUGUUUUAAGUGCUUUUAAUAUGUUGCUUACUAUGUUGUGUUUUUUAAAAAAAAUUUAGUAUGUUGUCUUGUCUCAAGCUUUUGUUUAUUUCAGCGACGUCUGGAAUGAU